CGUUGUGAUGAGAGAGUUCCUCCUUCCCCGUCAGUUGCAUCGAAUGCAGCCUCUGAAGCGGAUUUAUGCGCCUUCCUAAGCAGGUCGUGGAGGCUUAAAAGCCGUACCAGAGAUCUUCUACAGGAAACACUGGCAGCAAACAGAGAAAAACAUGGCCGCUCCUUUUCUGUUCAUCCUGCUUCAUCUGCUUUCAACCUCCGCUGAUGAUUGCCCUGGCCAUCCACAUAACAGUCUCACUUGUUACAAUGAUUACAGUCAUAAUAUCAGCUGCACAUGGAAAGGCUCACGUCAUAAGACUGAUACCUGCUCAAUACAUGCUGGAAAACUGAAGAGCAAAAAACAUGCUUCCUGUAAGCUGCAGCCUUUUGAUAACGCCAGACCAGACUUGAAGUGCUCGUUGAUUUUUAAGGGAACCGAACUGUUUCAAAGCCAUACUAAGGUGUCCAUGAGUUUGAGCUGCGUCCCUUCAAAACAAAGUGAAAUCAUUAUUUACCGGCCAGCAUGUCACAUAAAGCUGAAUCCUCCUCCAAAGCCUGAAGCCAACUUUACCAAACUUUCCUGGUUCUCCCAAGUCCCAAAGCCUACAAACAUCGAAUAUUACCGUUACGAUACGGAGCUACAGUGGAAACAAAAGGGAUACAGAUGGAGCGAUCUCCAGACCAAUAAAGGUCAAUGUCAGUGGGAAUGUUCGGCGCAGCUGGAUGAAGACUUGCUUCUAGAAAGCAAGGCAUAUGACGCCCGCGUUCGUGUGUUGGCCCGUUAUGACUCGACUGCGGCAAGCUGGAGUGAUUGGAGCCCCACUGUGUCUUGGGUGCCCAGACCAAGAUCAGGAGAGGAUGUGGUUAAUCUGAACUGGGCUAUUUGGAGCCUAGCAGUGUUUGGUUUGUUGCUGUUGCCUGGCGUGUUCAUCACAAUGCGCAAGAACGCCUGUUCCAGGAUCUACAUACUGAAGAAGAUUUCAGGUCCACCUCUGCCUGAUCCUUCAAAGUCAACACAAUUCCAGACCUGGUUGGAUCCGUACUUCACCAGUGAAUUCUAUCAGUCCUUCUUAAAAUCGGCAGACAUCGUCUCUGUUGAAGAAACGUCCGCCGUGGACGGCGUCACACUCUACACGCCGGACAUAAAAGUGAUGCCAGAGUUCAACGAAGACGAGUUCAUUUGUUCCAGCUUCUCCAACUACAGUUACUCUGAGUUUUGUUGUCCUCCUGUGUUCCCUCUCACCGCUGGGAGUCCGAAGCCCCAUGCCGUCGAAACUUCCUACAAGAACGUUCCUGGUCGAGAAGAGGAGAAAACUAAAAACCGGGACAGUGAUGUCACGAGAAGAGAAGCGGAAAUGGUUGAGGCACUUCUGAUGGGUGGAAUUAAUCAUGAGGCACUGGUGAUUUCUGACUACAAGAGGGUUCAGAAACUCCAGAUCGAACUCCACAGUUUCCAUAGUGUGGACUCAGGCAUGACCAGUUAUGAAGAAGUCAGUCAGGAAAGCAUGGAGGCAGACAGCAUCAAUAUGGUUGAGGGGACACCAUGGGCGCAAGAAAACCAGGAAAUAAAUAAUGAAGGGAACGAGACACAAUCAGAUAUUCAGAAGUUGUUUGAAGGCAGUGAGAGCAUCUUGGGCAAAAUCACCGUUGUUUCAGAUUACAAACAAAUUCCGACGAUCCGGGUGGAGAAUGCAGAGCUCCUCCGGCUCCACAGCGCAGAUUCGGGCAUGGACAGUUAUGAGGAAGUCAGUCAGGAGAGCAUGGAGGAAGACAGCAUUUAUAUGACGGAAGGAUAUGAUGAUGGGUCACUGAGCAAGGAGAGGAAGGAGAGUGAAAUUCAGAAAUUGUUUGGAGGCAGUGAAGGCAUUUUCUGUCAAAAUCCUCCUCGGGGUUUUUCAGAUUACAAACAAGUUCCAACAAUCCAGGCUGAAAGCCCUGAACUUCCCUGGGCUUCCUGCCUGGAUUCAGGCGUUAACAAGGUAGACUCGGAGAGUCUGGAGGACAUCAUGGAGGAGGAGGAUGAGGCCGCCGAAGGCACUCGCUUCUUAUUUCCUCCUUUUCCUCCCCCUGCUUUGGCAAACCCCUUGAUACUUUUUUCACAGCGACCCUUGGAUACGUCUAAAUCAAAGCUGGGUUCUGCUUUGCCACCACUGUAAAUGAAACAGAUUAUGUCAGGUAGCGUUGCGCACCAGUGACAAAGAUUACAUACCAGUAAGGCAGGGGCAAAGCAAAGAAUGGGAGGCUUAUAACAACAAGCUAUAAUGCCCAGCAAAAUAUGACAAUAUAAAACGUAUGCAGUUAGUCACUAGUAUUAUUAUUGUUGUGAGGAUUUUAUCCAUUUUCUCAGUGUGGAAACUGUGAAAGUAUUGAUACUUCGGGGUGUUUUCUGAUAGUCCGGUAGACUCGGUUUGAUUGGGGACCAAAGUUACAUUUGUUGCAUUUUCAGCAGGCAUGGUUCACUUUGAUGCUGCGCUGUGUCAAACGAACUAAACCAUUUGAAAAACCUCUUGCCCCUCCCCAUCACCUAUAGUGGUGCUGCACCAAGGACCACUGAAGGAAACUACACAAAAACCUCUGAAGAAGACGUGAACACAACUUCCAAAACGUACAGACAAAUGAAAAGGUGCCAGAUUUCAGUGGUUGUAGGAUUUCUCCUUUGUCCUUGGCAAAAGACCAUGAGCCAUUUCUGCCACUAGUGCUGGACUCACAGGUUUGUUUUUGUUGUAUUUACCCAGAAUCCCCUGCGGCAUAGUCCACUUGACAUUCACAUAUGCAUUUAAACCCCAAGAGUUCCAGAGUUCACGGAUCAAAGUUCGCUUUUUUGGUCCGCAUUAGAGUUAGCCUGCACAUUCACACCUCUCCAAACAAACCAGACUUCCCAGGCUAACGAGCCACAGUUUGAUGAAUGCACCCUUAAUUGAUGGAUGUUAUCUGACUUUUUUUUUUGUCUUUACAAAAACCAGGAAGAUAGAGCAUAUAACACCAGUUUUAA